GGAAGUUCAAAACUGAUGUUUCAAAAUAUACUCCCUCUGUUCCGAAAUAAUUGGCGCCGGGAGUUUCUAGUACAAAGUUCGGCACGUAUAAUCUUUUUUGCUGUUUCCUAAACUACCCUCCCACCUCGUCCACUCUCUCGCUCACUGACGCACUCUCUGUCUCAGCUCAGCCGAAUCCCUAGCUCGCGUCGUCGGCACCUCUCCCUAGCUCACGUCGCCGGCGCCUCUACCUAGCUCGCGUCGUCGGCGCCUCUCCCUCGCCCGUGUCGCCGCUGCCUCUCCCUCGCCCGUGUCGCCGCUGCCUCUCCCUCGCCCGCGUCGCCGCCACCGUCGCAAAGAUCUCAUUUUUAUUCUCCGGCGGCUGAUCCCGAGUGCGGCGGCUCGAUCUGCAAUGGCCUUCCUCCACUCCAACGCCCUUCGCAGGUGCAGAUCUCCGAGCUUUACCGGCGCCACUCCGAACUCGUCCCUGAUGCGCAGUCCUCCUCUUCAUGCUGUCUCUUCUUCCUCCAACUCUUCCAUGGAGCAGAGCAGUAGAUGCCCUCAUCAACCUGCCUGCAGCCAGCCGUGCGGCCGCAGCAGAUUGAUGAGGAGGACUGAUGACGACAAUGGAGGAGGACUGAAUCAAGCUGAAAAUGCAUUGAGAUAAUGUGGGAAUGGAAAAUGAGUAUGAUUGCUGAAAAUGGACCGUCGUAUAUACCUGUACAAGGUUGGGGAGGCACGGUCAGCGUUGGUGUUCUGGUGCAGGUCGCCGGAGCCCGGAGAGAGGAGAGGUCGUCACGUCGAGCUCAUGGGGAUAGGGCAGCCACCACUGUCGCCUCCCGCGACGACAGAGCGAAGCUUGAAGAUCAUGGCUAUUAUUGUGAAGUUCUCAAGGUGAUGAGCUUACUCGAGUGCUUUCCCCUGGAGACUUUGUAUUUCCAGGAGUACUUCAAUGCACUUCAUCCAAGGACGAUGCAAGCCAUUUACCAGAAAGCAGAAGCAGAUUUUGGUGAGGAGUACCUGCCUGGAGUGGUGUGUGCUGCGAUGACCAGGCGGGGUCGCAGCGACGAUCUGUCUGGGCAGCGGGGCGAGGACGCUAGGGCGGCGGCGACAAGACUGGGGCGGAGGAGGUUGGGCCUGCUGCUGGCGACGGGGAUGAGCAACUGGACAACAGGGAGGAGCCUGGUGGAGGGUCCUGCUGGUGGAGGGCGGAGGAGGAGGGGCCUGCUGCUGGCGACGGGGACGAGCAGCUGGACGACAGGGAGGAGCCUGGCGGAGGCUCCGGCUGGUGGAGGGCGGAGGAGGAGGAGGAGGAUGGGCUUGCUGCUGGUCUGGACGAGCAGCUGGAGGAGAGGAGGGGCCUGCUGCUGGCCUGGAUGCGCUGCCCUGGAGGAAGACAACGAGGUACUUUCGUUCGUUUUCACCUGGUCGGAGAUUUCUCCCAGCGACAAUUAUUUCGGAACGGAGGGAGUAGUUGGCUGCCAUUUGUUCAUGCAGGUGUUCAUUCUUGAUAGUCUAGAGCUCGGCGUACUAAACAAGCCACAAGGAGUAACUCCCAGAAUAGGCUUGUAUGACUACGAGUGAAUGAAAAAGAUGGUCGAUCAAAUUACGGUGAACAUUUCAGCCAGGGAA